UUGCGGUUGCAGCCACAUCUGCUCUGUUUUCUCUCCGCUCGCGUUGAUCGCACCGUCCUGUCCUUUGCUUUUCCCUGUGAAGAAUUCACCUGUGCCUCCUGAGAGUUGUGUGAGCGAAGCCAUGAAGAGAACUGGUGAUGUCAGAGACAGAGCCGGCGGUUCAGACCCACGAAAGAGCGAAGAGGACGAGGCAGUCGACAGGAUCAGCGGCUUGCCCGACUUUCUCCUCCUCCACAUACUCUCCUUCCUGCCGUUCAGGUGCGCUGUUCGCGCAUCGUUGAUGCUUCGGCCGUUCCGUGGCCUCUGGACAUCUCUGAGCAGUCUGUCCUUCCAGGAAGACGAUUUCCAUACCUGCGACCGUGGCCGUUCCGGAGCUGACGGCGGCAGCAGGCUCUGGAAUUUUGUCGACCAUGUGUUGGCGCUACACGAGAGCCCAGAAAUCCAUAGGCUCCGUAUCGUGUUGUUCUCCUAUGCGAGUAUCUCCCCUAAUCCUGAAUAUGACCAUCAAGGAGUAAUGUCAAGUAGAGAUAGAUUGGACGAGUGGAUAUUCUUCGCGCUGAAGAAAAAGGUGAAGGUCCUCGAUGUUAACCUAUUGGGGUAUCAUACCCCAUUGGGAGCAUUGCUGUUUCAUUGCAGAGUGCCGAGUGCUGUUUUUACUACUAGUAGUCUGGUGGAGCUCAAUUUGAGUUUAUGUCAUGUCGAAUUUGGAGAACAGAUUCAGUUGAAGUCGCUUCAAAAGUUGUGGAUGUGUGAUGUUAUUUUAAGCGAGGAGGUGAUGCGUAAGUUGGUUUUGGGUAGCCCGUUGUUGAAGAAGGUGUCUCUCCGGUAUUGCUCUGGCCUACGAGUUCUGAAGUUAGAUAGGCAUCCAUCACUUGAAGAAUUGAAUGUUCGUCAAUGUAGAGACCUGGAAAAAGUGGAUCUUGCUAGUUCGGGCAUCAAAAUAUUGGCCAUCUUUAUCGCUUAUCCGUCGAGUAAGAUAAUCUGUCCGAAUGUCUCGACACUUGAACUGGAUGGACCGGAACCGGAUGGAGUAAAUUUGGAUUGCGGGUCUUCCCUUAAUGAUGCGGCCCUCUAUUUCCAUGGUUAUGGAGAUUUCUUUCUGGAAGAUGUUGAGGUCGAAACACUUCUGGGAAAGCUCCGUAACAUUGCAUAUUUUAGUCUGGCCAAUUGGAUUAUGCUGCGAAUUUCGUGGGAUCGAGCUUGUAAUUUUGAUGGGAGGAGUUACUGGUAUUCAGUUGAGGGCACAUUUCAUUGUCUUGCACACCACCUCAAGAAGGUAAUGAUAUAUGCAUGCGUGACCGAACCAUACGUGAUCGAGCUAAUCGAGUUUCUACUUGGGAAUGCGCUUGUUUUGGAGACAAUGGUGAUCUCUGCUAAAAGGAAUUUUAAAGAAGCUCGAAAUGGUUUCUCAUGUUUCUCUGACAUCGGCCUAGAGGAAUACUUUACUUCGGAUAUGCUUUUGGAUUUUUCGAAGAAGGCGAUGCAGGAAGCACUAGUGAAACAUAAGGAGUCUUAUGUAGCAGACUGGAUUGAUAGCGGUAAUGACACCGUCAAUACGUAA